AUGUCGAAUGCCGAGGAAUUGAUAGCAGAGAGAGACCGCUAUAAAGAGUUAACCUUCCAAAUCAGAAACAAAAUCAAUGAAGUCAACGAGUUGAACACAAAAAUGGAAGCUGAAAUUGCAACGAUACAAAGCUCCACCCGCGACCGUCUAGUUCUUUUAAAAAACAACCAACAAAAGAUUCAAAGUGUUUUUCCAGACUCGUCGAAGUCUGAUGAGAUAUAUAUGAUGGAAGAGGAAUUAAAAGUGCUAAACAAACAAUCCAAUGUGUACGUGCAGAUGUACAAGAAGAAGAAAGAUUGCUUUGAAGAGGGGGUUAAGUGUCUUCAAGAGGCAUUCAGUUCCACGUUGAAUCACUUCCAAGACAUCCAAUGUGAGAUCGACCAAUUCUCCACACGAGCGAGAAGUGCUCCCAUCAUAUCCCUCGACACUGACGAGCACAUGGAAGAGAUCAAUGAAGUCGAAAUUAUCGAAGAUGCUCCCACUGACAAAGGCUCGACGGAACAAACAGAACAGGUCCCUCCAACGCGGACGUCGACUUCUGUGAAUGACAGAAAGCCACCCCAUGACCUUCUGAUGUUCGCGACAAAGAGACUUUCAGAGAAGAACACACUUAAUUUAGCAGAAGGAGCCGCUUUCAUAAGAUCAAAACAAGUGUAUGACGGGGUAGGAGUCAUCCCCUUAGACUGUCCAUGGUUCAUCUGUUAUUUCUCUGGUCGUCCUCAUAUCAAUUUCUCGUGUAAGAGUCAAGACACUUUAGCACUGUUGUCGAUGACUACUAUCACAGACGACUUGGCACCCCCCGGGAAGAAAGGUGGAUUGAUGGUCAUCUACAGAUCAAAGCUUACAGAUAUCAAGAAGAUCAUCCCAUUCAGUCUUAUUGGGAAGAAGGAGAACCAACUCAAGACUAACUUGAACCAACUCUCUUCCGUCCUCCCGGUCAUCUUACAGUGCUUAGGAGUGCCCGAGAAGAUGCCGUUCAAGUUAAUUAAAGGCGACAAGCUUGAAGAGAAUUUAAGAAGCUAUGAGACGUCCCAAGGAGGCAUCGACUACAAAUUUGGGUUGUUGUAUUGUGGGCCUAAACAGACGAGCGAGGCGGAGAUGUACGACAACACUGAUAAAGAUACUACACCCGAGUAUAAGGAAUUCAUCCAAUUGAUUGGGAAUAUCAUCCCAUUGAAAGGACAUAAAGGGUAUAAAGCAGGGUUGGACGUCGACACGGAUACCACUGGCGUCACUUCACUCUUCACACAAUUUUAUUCGUCACAAGUCAUGUUCCACGUUGCUUCGAUGUUACCCCACGUUGAGGCCGACCCCCAAAAGACUGAAAAGAAGCGACAAAUUGGCAACGACUUUUGUGUGUUGAUCUACAAAGAAGGGGACGAGGUGGUCGACUUAAGUUCAUUCAAGUCGCACUUCAAUAACAUCUUCAUGGUCAUCAAAAAAAUCCCGACGGGAAUGGUCGGAGAUGGGUCGGCACAGUACUUUGUCGAGACGUGGAGAGCUACGGAUGUCCCCGAGUUUGAGCCAUUUAUGCCAGCGGAAGGGUCGUACAUAUCAAAAGAGUAUAUCAGAGAGUAUAUCCUCUCUUCGUUAAUCAAUGGACAGAUUUCUUCAUAUCAGAAUGCUGAGAUGAGACCAAAGAUGGUACAAACUAGAGGCGUAUGCUUGAAGAAUAUCAUGACGAAAUAA